GAAAUUGUUUUCUCUUCCAACCAAGUGUUUUUGAUACGCAGUCACGGAAGCAAUAAUAUUAUGGAUAAUAUGCAAUCCCAAGUAAGAUUGGGGUGAACCAAUAAAAACUCUUGAAGCAAUCCCACCCCACCCGCUACCUGACUCUGUUGUCGAAACAAUCUUGUUUCUGCUGCUGAUAAUCUCUUGGCCAAAGCCAGAGAAUAGAAUCACACCAACAUGGAUUUGACCCUUUCUCUUUCUCCUUCUUCUUCUUCUUUAGUUACCUCGAGACUUGGUUACUCUUCCUCCUCUUCCUCCUUGGCCACCAACUCUAACGCUAACUCGAGGAAAGCUAGAAUCAGCACCCGAAGAAGUAAGGCUCUAACUUGCAACGCUUUGUUCGGAUUGGGCUUGCCCGAACUCGCCGUUAUUGCCGGUGUUGCUGCCCUCGCUUUCGGACCCAAGAAUUUGCCCCAAGUGGGUCGCUCCCUCGGCAAAACUAUUAAGAGCUUCCAACAGGCAGCAAAGGAGUUUGAGUCCGAGAUUAAAAAGGAACCUGAUUCUACAGAAGAGAACCCUACUGCUGCUGAGAAACCAAUUGCUGCGAGUAAACAGGAGGAGCAAGAGACUAAGGUGUCUACUAAAGAUAAUGUAUGAGAUGUAGUAGAGCAGACAUAUUUUGGUAAAAACCCUGGUGGACUUAUACAUUUAAAAGAAACAUUAUUCUAAAAUUGACAUUUAAUAGUUUUGCUUUUCCAGAGUGGAAUCAAGUCGUGUUUUCUGUA